AAAAAGGAGAGCUGAUGCCUGUGUGAAGGUGACACCAUCCUGAGUGCUGUGCUGGAAACAGCAUCCGGAGCCAUGUCCUGGUCCCAAAAGAGGCAGAACCAACACUCCAUCCCCACUAGGAACUUGCUCUCUGAGAACAUAACUCCUGCCACAGAAGAAAAGGGGAGGCACUGCAAAGUUCUGUCUCCACCGGGUCCCCCAAAAGCAGGAAGGAGCAAGACUGAUGCAGAGCCAUUGUUAGCAACCCAACUAUGGCUGGAGAUUCUAGGAUCUUCAUGAACCAGGACAUGGAAAUUGGAGUCACACCCAUGGAUCCCAAGAAGUUUCCCAGGCAGCCGCGGGACUAUGUCCCUAUCGCGACUGACCGAACCCGUCUCCUGGCAGGAGAAAUCAAGAAGCCGCGCCAGCGUUACAUGGAGAAGAGUGGCAAGUGCAAUGUGCACCAUGGAAAUGUCCAUGAAACCUACCGGUACCUUAGUGACCUCUUCACUACUCUGGUGGACCUCAAGUGGCGUUUUAACCUCCUUGUCUUUACCAUGGUUUAUACUGUCACAUGGUUGUUUUUUGGGUUCAUUUGGUGGCUUAUUGCCUACAUCCGAGGAGAUCUGGACCAUCUCGAAGAUGAGAACUGGAUCCCCUGUGUUGAAAAUCUCAGUGGAUUUGUCUCCGCAUUUCUGUUUUCCAUUGAGACUGAGACCACAAUUGGGUACGGCUACAGGGUUAUCACUGAAAAGUGCCCCGAGGGCAUCAUACUGCUCCUGAUUCAGGCUAUUCUAGGCUCCAUUGUCAAUGCGUUCAUGGUAGGGUGCAUGUUUGUCAAAAUCAGCCAACCAAAGAAAAGGGCUGAGACCCUCAUGUUUUCCAACAAUGCAGUGAUUUCUAUCAGGGAUGAGAAGCUCUGUCUAAUGUUCCGGGUUGGGGACCUCCGGAAUUCCCACAUUGUUGAGGCCUCCAUUAGAGCCAAGUUGAUCAAGUCCAAACAGACCAAAGAAGGGGAGUUUAUCCCCUUGAACCAAACGGACAUCAACGUGGGCUUUGAUACGGGGGACGACAGGCUAUUCCUGGUUUCACCACUCAUCAUCUCACACGAAAUCAAUGAGAAGAGCCCCUUCUGGGAGAUGUCCCGUGCCCAGCUGGAGAAGGAGGAGUUUGAAAUCGUGGUCAUCUUGGAAGGAAUGGUCGAAGCAACAGGGAUGACUUGCCAGGCCCGGAGCUCCUAUAUGGACACAGAGGUGCUAUGGGGACACCGCUUCACUCCCGUCCUCACCCUCGAGAAAGACUUUUAUGAAGUCGACUACAACAGCUUCCACUGCACCUAUGAAACCAACACCCCCACGUGCUGUGCCAAGGAGCUGGCCCAGUCUUUCCAAGAGGGCCGGCUCCUCCGCCACCUCUCCAGCUCCACCCUCCUGAGUGGGGGCGAGGAGGCAGGGACAGCAAAAGAGGAACAGGAGGUGGAAGAGGAAGAAAGGGAGGUGGUUGGGCUGAGUGGAGCCAAUGGAACAGCAGGAGAGGUGAAGGCAGAUAUGUCUGUAUAACACAUGGAUCUGUACUGGACAAUAAAUAAUACAUAUGCUCCUACUGGAGAAACAGUGGGAUGCAGUGGUUAGGGUACUAGCCUGGCAG